CAUCACGGUCACUUCCACCGACGCCGCGGCCCAAAAAUAACUAGGCGCCCCCACAAAUCGCUCUCCCUCACCCUCUCUCUCUCUCCCUCCCUCCUCUGCCCCGAGAUCCGCCCCGCGACCCCGUCACCCCGCCACGCCCCGCUCGCCCGUCUCCGGCGCCGAUCCUCCAACCCCGCCGCCCAUUUCGGUGCCCACCGGUGCUCGUCCCCUACGGCGGCACGACCACGGCCGCCUUCCUUUUGGCGGUUCAUUCGAGGAGCCGAUCGAUACGGGUACGGCACCGCGCCCGACGUGCCGGACGGGCGGUUGCUGCUCGCCGGAGGAGGCAGCGAGGGCCGUCCACGGCCGCGUUUCUGUCGCGAACGUCGCGGCUCUCUCGGCUGUGGUGGACCGACGAGGGCAGAGGCCUUGUGCGCUGCUGCAUUGGGUGGAACGGAGCCAGAGCCACAGCCAGGCGGGCUCCUCGAGGCGGCGGCGACGGAUUUGAGGCUCGGAUGCUUGCUGCCCCGAGGAUUCCUCUGCUCCCGUCGGUCCAUGGUCGUUGAUGGCGUGGAAGGCGGCCAUGGGGGGUAAGGCGGCCGGCAUCGGAGGCGAGAAGCUCAAGUGCCCGCCGUCGUCCGCCGCAAGGUCGCGGAUGAAGCUCUGGAUGGUGCGCGCCACCACCACCGUCCUGCUCUGGACCUGCGUCAUGCAGCUCACCGCCGUCGGCGAGACGUGGGGCCCGCGGGUGCUCAAGGGAUGGCCCUCCUGCCUCACGCCCCCCGAGGAGGCCGCCGCCGUGCGCCCGGCCGUCGUCGAGAGGGCCGCGUUGCUGCCGCCCAAAAGAAUUUACAGGAACAAUGGUUAUUUGAUGGUCUCAUGCAAUGGUGGUCUUAACCAAAUGCGAGCUGCUAUAUGUGAUAUGGUUGUAAUAGCAAGAUAUUUGAAUGUCACUUUGGUUGUGCCAGAGUUGGACAAGACUUCUUUUUGGAAUGACCCGAGUGAGUUUCAAGAUAUAUUUGACGUCGAACACUUUAUAACCUCCUUACGCGACGAAGUUCGCAUACUGAGGGAACUGCCUCCAAGGGUAAAGCGAAGAGUUGAACUUGGUAUGUUCCACUCAAUGCCACCUAUCAGUUGGUCUGAUAUCUCCUAUUACCAUAAUCAGAUUCUUCCAUUGAUUCGAAAACACAAGGUUCUGCAUUUGAAUAGAACUGACGCUAGGCUAGCAAACAAUGGUUUACCUAUGGAGAUUCAAAAACUGAGAUGCAGAGUAAAUUAUGCCUCUCUGAGAUUUACCGCUGAAAUUGAAGAUUUGGGCAAGCGUGUAAUUAGAAUACUUCGCCAAAAUGGUCCUUUCUUGGUUCUUCAUUUACGUUACGAAAUGGAUAUGCUGGCUUUCUCUGGCUGUACUCAAGGUUGCAGUAACGAAGAGGCAGAAGAGCUCGCAAGAAUGAGGUAUGCUUAUCCGUGGUGGAAAGAGAAAAUCAUCGACUCGGACUUGAAAAGAAAAGAUGGCCUUUGCCCAUUGACGCCAGAGGAGACUGCUCUUGUCCUCAGAGCAUUGGACAUUGAUAGAAGUAUGCAAAUAUACAUCGCAGCUGGGGAAAUAUAUGGUGGAAAACGCAGGAUGGCAGCUCUCACUUCAGCUUAUCCGAAUGUGGUGAGGAAAGAGACACUUCUGGAACCUUCUGAUCUAAUGUUCUUCCAGAACCAUUCGUCCCAAAUGGCUGCACUGGAUUACAUGGUUUCUCUAGAAAGUGAUAUAUUUGUUCCAACAUAUGAUGGCAAUAUGGCUAAAGUUGUUGAGGGUCAUCGCAGGUUCAUGGGUUUCAAGAAGACGAUCUUGUUAGAUCGAAAACUCAUCGUCGACCUAGCAGAUCAGUACAACAACGGUUCGUUGCGAUGGGAUGAGUUCUCUUUGUUGAUCAAGGCUGCCCACGCAGGGCGGAUGGGAUCAGCCUCGAAGCGGACAGUGAUUCCCGACAGACCCAAGGAGGAGGACUACUUCUAUGCAAACCCCCAGGAGUGCCUGCAAGGCCCCGACCGCCUACGCACAUCAUGAUAAUCGCCGCCACCCCUGUCAAUAUUUCCACCCACCUCAUACCAUUCUUUUCACGGACGCAGCAGCCGAACCUGAGGCCAGGUUCGUCGUUAUUUUGCUUGAAGAAACCGAAAGAGGGGCGGCUCGGCUCGCCAUAGCUGGGAUGUAAACUUGGGGAGGGGGUGGGCGCGGGUGUUGUAUAUCUUGGAUGUAGCUGCCUAGCUGGUAAAUACUCUACACGUUAUAGAAAUGGGGGGCGGAUUAUUCGUUCGUUCCACGAAAAUAAUGAGGAGUCAUACUGAAGAUACUCUUGUAUAGAAGAUGGUGAUGAUAGAGUCUACUACCACGAACAGGAAAGGUAAAUUUGAGUGAGGGAGAGAUGGCUGGACCCACAUGUCUGUCUCUGGUGGUCUUCUUUUGGUUGUGUAAAACAUAGCAGUUGUUGUUCUCCGUAGCCUCCCCCGUGCUUCCUCCCCGUCAGGCAGGGCUUAUUUUUUUUUUGUCAAUCAAAGUUGCUGAGAGUUGUAUACUACAGUGUUUAUUGGAUCGAUGGUUACCUGUGCA